AUGCGGCUUUGCGAGAACCAGACACCCGUCGGCUACGAUGCUCGUGUUGAGGCUUUACAGCAAACCUGCGAGGCCGGCCAUGUCAAGAUUGUCGAGUUCCUCCUGACUGAGACCAGUCCAGCGGUCUCGGGGAGCUAUCGGGCGAUAGAUACCGAGGCCAAGAAUAAAGCCCUCGGGAUCGCGGUGGAAAACGGCCAGCUGGAUGUGGCCAAACUCUUCCUCAAACAUGGCGCAGCUCUCGAAGGCGUUGUCUUUAUAGGGUCGAGCCCGCUGCACAUCGCAGUGAACCGGCGCGAUCGAGAUAUGUGCAGAUUCCUGCUAGAGACCAACAACUCGUAUCUCAAUUCCAGGGAUUCCAACGGGCGCACCGCGCUCUUCACCGCGGCUUGGAACGCGGACGAUGACAUGGUCGACCUCCUCCUCCUCAAGGCAAAGGCCGAGCCCGACGCCAAGAAUAAGGAUGACGAGACGCCACUGCACCUGGCCGUAUCUAGAGGCUUCGUGAGCGUAGCCAUGACCCUUCUGGAAGCUGGCGCGAGUCCCGUUACCUCCAAGUCUGACAAAGACACUCCUCUUCACGCGGCUUGCAGGACACCAGCUUGGUCUGAUCUGACGCCUUUUGUCGCAGCCGCACUUGACGCUGGCCGCACUACGCCGGACUUGGCGGACACGGACAUGGACGGCCGUACACUGCUGUCCUUGGCCGUUAUUUCCGGCCAAGUUGAAGUGGUUAAGCUGCUGCUCCAGAGA